AUGCUUGUCCUUUAUCAUGUGUUUGGGAGUUCAAGCAUAAAACGAUAUGGACAACCAUUGAGGUGGCCCCCGAAUACGCUCCCACUUGCUGGAAAUGGCAUUCUUUUCUUACGGGCUCGCCACAAAUUGUUUUCGUGGUUUGUGAAAUGCGAACAACACUUCGGAUUUGAGACCUUCCAGAUCUCAGUCCCCUCUCUGCCCCCAGGCGUGGUGAUCAACGACCCAAAGAACCUUGAGUAUGUGCUCAAAAAUGAAGGCAUAUUCACAAAAGGAGAUUUCUUCAAAAGAAGGUCGCGGGAUUUAUUUGAAGGAAAUGGCAUCAUCAAUGCAGAUGGCGCUCUUUGGAAGGUCCAGAGGAAGGCUGGGUUGCAUUUCCUAAGAACUUCAAACUUGAAGGUGCUCACAGAUAUCGCGCUCCCAGCCUACCUUAAGGAUAACAUCAAAGUCCUUGAAGGACUGGCCGAUGGAUCAGUAAUAGAUCUCCAAGCAAUUUUCCAUGAAUUAACAACCCAGUUGAUGGGUCGCAUGGCGUACAAUAUGGAUAUACACGACACGGAUCAAUUUUCCGUAUCAUUUGAGUACGCCUCAGGCAAAACAGGAGAGCGGUUCCAAAACCCUCUUUGGCCUAUCACCGAAAUAUUCUUUGGCAAGAAGUUCAGAGAAUCUGUCGCAAAUGUGAAAGAUUUUGGUUCCGUCAUAGUUAGAAGUGCGGCGCAAUCUCGACAGACUAAAGAACAUCAUAAGUCAAUGUUGCAGAGCUCUUCCAAGACUUUUGAGGGUAUAUCUGGAAGUUUGAUCAACUCACUCCUGGACUCCAUUGAUGAACCUCAAGUGGUCGCCGACGCAGCUCUGAACUAUCUCUCUGCAGGAAGAGAUACCACUGCUCAAGCCUUGACGUGGUCAUUCUACCUCCUCAUACGCCAUCCACAUAUCGUUGAUGCGGUUCGACAGGAGAUUUCUACCACUGCAGAUUUAGACAAGACUUCGGGACCUAACACUUCUGCAUUUCGCCCUUCUUCCUUGCCAUACGUUACAGCCGUCUUCUAUGAAGCACUGAGGUUUUACCCGCCUGUUCCUUUUGAGCUAAAGCAGUGUGACCAAGCUACUACGUUACCAGAUGGCACAUAUUUGCCCAAAGGUGCAAUUCUUGUCUGGUGUACUUGGGCCAUGAACAGGUCAAGAUUGAUCUGGGGUGAUGAUGUUGAUCAAUUCAAGCCGGAGCGGUGGCUCAAAGACGGGCGCUUGGUCUCGAAAUCAGCGUUCGAGUAUCCGGUCUUCAAUGGCGGGCCACGGUCGUGCCUGGGGAAGAAAAUGGCCGAGUCGGUAGCUGUGCAAGUCAUUGCAGCGUUCGUACAGAGAUUUGAUUUCGACAUUGUCGAUGACAAGGAAAGGAUAAGCAAAAAUAGCCUUACGCUGCCGAUGGAGCGAGGUUUACCAUGCUAUGUAAGGACACGCUCUCAGCAACCCGAAGUACGUUUAUAAGUAUAUGAGAGGAUGAAAGAAUGAAUGCCUCAG